AUGCACACCUCGGUCAAGACCUUCCUCGCCCUGGGCCUGGCCUCCGUCGCCUGUGCCCAGCACACCAAGCAGGACGACGAGAUGGGCCCCGCCGCCUUCAUGUGGCCGGCCGACCGCGUCUGGAGCGGAGACAUGGACAACCAGGAGCCGUGCGGUUCCCGGGCCGGCGUCGGCAACCGGACCCAGUUCCCCUUGGUCGGCGGAAAGGUCGCCCUCGUUGCCCAGGACGACUACUACAACACCAAGAUCUCCAUCUCGUACAAGAACGGUGAGACCAUGGAAAAUGCCCCCCCCCCCCUUGCUGCUGUUGUUGAAUCCCACCCGACGACCAACAGCGACUUCACCACCCUCAUCGAGGAGCAGUCCGUCGCCGACCUGAACCCGGGCCACACCUGCGUCGACAUCCCCAACCCGCCGUCCUCCGUCGCCGCCGGCGGCAACGCCACCCUCCAGAUCAUCUACCGCGCCGACUGGGACGCCCCGCACAACCAGACCUUCUACGCCUGCUCCGACAUCACCUACGUCGACGCCGCCACCUUCAACACCCGCAUCCCCUGCUUCAACGCCACCGAGCCCGGCGAGGACGACAUCGCCGCCACCGCGUCGGCGUCGGCGUCGGCGUCGGCGAGCAACUCGGCCUCCAACAGCGGCUCAUCUUCUUCCGGCGGCGGUGGCGGCCUCUCGGGCGGCGCCAUCGCCGGCAUCGUCAUCGGCGCCGUCGCCGGCGUGGGUCUGCUCAUCGGCGCCGCCCUCUUCUUUUACCGCAAGAGCCAGCAGAAGAAGCGCAACUCGAGGCUGGCCCGCAUGGAGGAGAACGCGCGCAACUCGGAGCACUGGACCGCCGGCAAGAACUCGUCCUCGCAGAACAGCGUCCAGCUGAACAACCUGCCCUGA